AUGUAUAAAAGUAACGUCAGAUAAAAGGCUAACUUAUUUUUUUCGAAUGUUGAUUCGUUCUGGCUUUUAAUUUUAGUAUUAUUUUUAAAAUCAUUUUAAAUUCAUAAAUGUGGUUCCAUCACUUUAAGGAUUACGAAAGCUUCUCCAAACCAUCAAAGAAGGUGGAAUAUGGCUCAGGAUUUUCUCCCAGGCAUGGAGAGCUCUGCUAUCUCUGUCCUUAAGAGAGCUGUGGAGUUGGAUCAGAGCUCCCGCUUACAAGAGUCUCUGGUGUGCUACCAGGAGGGGAUCCAGCUCCUGAUAGAUGUACUGAAAGCUGUAAAAGAUGAAUCUAAGAAGGUCCACUACAGAGAGAAGAUCAAGGGCUAUAUGCACCGUGCAGAACAGAUCAAAGACCAUAUGAACAAGCUGAAGGAAGAGGGUAAAUACCAUGAGCAGGUUAAGAUUGCUGACAAUUCCACUGGUUUCAGUUAUGAAUCCCUCUUCAAACCAUACAUCAGAGAUGGGCUGACUGAAGUCUGGGUGGAAGACCCCUAUGUGCGGCAUGUCCAUCAGUUUUAUAAUUUUCUUCGCUUCUGUGAAAUGGUGUUGAAGGGUCCUUGUAAAGUAAAGACUAUCCACCUCCUUACCUCCAAGGAUGAGGAAAGAUCCUCUCAGCAAGCCAGUGCCCUGGCUGAAAUAAAACAGUCACUACAGAGUCAAAAUGUUUGUUUGGAUAUUCAGUUCUCAUCUACUAUUCAUGAUAGAGAGAUCAGGUUUAAUAAUGGUUGGAUAAUUAAGAUUGGCAGAGGUCUUGAUUAUUUCAAGAAACCGAAGGGUCGAUUCUCCAUAGGAUACUGUGAUUAUGAUUUGAGAGAGUGUCAUGAGACUACCGUGGACAUUUUUCACACAAAACACACAAAGACGACAUAAGGCUGACUUAAAAAACUUCUGCACUUUCUGACAUUAUCUUUAUGGAUGAAUCAUCACAUUCAGCUCUUACAUACUGCAUGUACCUGGACAACUGGAAACGUGCCUUUCUCUCCUAUUUCCAUCUUAUUGAUGUUAACAACAUUGGAAUCUGAUUUUAUGCUCUUUUUUUAACUUCUUCUGUGAUACUUUAUGAUGCCCUUUCCCAACUGUAUAACUCUGCUUAUGAGUUCACACACCCUGUUUCGAAUUUGCAAGAUUCUUUUAUAGCAUUGUGAUAGUUUUAAAGAUUGUUUUAUUUUUGGUACUGUUCAACCAUAGUGGUUGGUAUUAUGUAAGGAUUUUGCUUUUCUAUUCAGGUGAACUUAUUUCAGGCAAAAAAGCAAAACAUUCUGACCUAGAUUCUGCAAGUGGUUUGUACGUUUAAAGGGAUAUGUACAACAAAAAUAAAAAUUCUGUCAUAAUUUACUCGCCUUCGAGGUGUUCCAAGUCUGUAUCAUUUUUUUGUUCUGAAGAACAUAGAGAAAGAUAUUUGGAAUAAUCUUUAUGACCAAACAGAUAUUGCGUCCAAUUGACUACCAUAGUAGGAAAAAAUACAAUGGCAGUCAAAAGUGCCCCAGAACUGUUAAUUCAAAAUGUCUUCUUUUGUGAGGACAAAACAAUCCAUGAAGUAAUUUUUCCUACAAUGAGGGGCGAGAUAUGCUGGUUAUGAGCAGUCUUCCAAAUAUUAAAACAAAGAAAUUUAUACACGAAGGUGAGUAAAUUAUGACAGAAUUUUAUUUUUUGGGGGAAGCAUAACUUUAAGGGCCAUUUUAUUUUCUUUUAAUGUUUAUAUUUAUUAACCUGUUUGCCUCUAUUGUUAUGCCAAAACUAUUAAACAACCUGCAUUUGCAAACAAUUUCGCAAUAGGCUUUCAGGUUUAUACUGUGCUGAAUUCAAUAAAGUAUAAAUUAUAUAUAGCA